CCACUGCUGUUCAGAGUUCUUUUCUAGGGUUGUCUAUCUACAGUGGUUGAUCCACUCACACGGCCUUACACAGACAAAGAUCAUGGCCAUUCUCCUCCUCUCUGGCCAUCUCCUCUUGGUGGCGGUGCAGCUGUCCAUACUGCACCAUGCCCAAGGAGGGGCAUACUAUGGGCACAAGCAACUGCCCCAGCAGCACCAGCCCGUGCCACAGCUACCUCACAUGCCCCAUGGCAAGGAGGGCUUGCCACAGCAAUACCUGGUCAAAGAGUUGCCGCACUUUCAGUAUGGCAAGGAAAUUCCCAUGAUCCCUCAGUACAGGAAGGACUACAUGCACCUGCCUAUGAACAAGGGAAAGGACAUAGUGCGCAAGGAGGACAAAGGUGAAACAGUUUCUAGAGGUGAGAAGGGCAUCCCAGGAGAUGUUGGGCCUCAGGGUCCUGCUGGACCCCCAGGCCCACAAGGUGUACCUGGCAUUGGAAUAGCAGGUCCUCCAGGAAAACCAGGACCCCCAGGUCCACAGGGAUUCCCUGGAAUAGGCAAACCUGGAAUGCCAGGAGUGGCAGGAAAACCAGGAGGAGUGGGACUCCCGGGACCAAUAGGGGAGCCGGGUCCUGGUGGUGAAGAGGGCCCAAUAGGUUUGCCAGGGCCUCCGGGUCUUCCUGGCCCUCCUGGGCUGCCAGGCUUGGGGAAGCCAGGGGGCCAGGGGUUGCCAGGGCAGCCAGGGCCCCGAGGAGAGCCUGGACACAAAGGACCACCUGGACUUCCAGGUCUGCCUGGGCCUAAAGGUGACAAAGGCAAUGGCCAGCCCGGCUUGCCAGGGCCAAAGGGGCCUGGUGGGCCACCAGGCCCCCCAGGACCUGCAGGGCCUCCAGGACCAGGGAAAAGUGGCAGAAAUGGUCUUCCAGGGUUGCGAGGAGAGCACGGAGAACCAGGCCCUGCUGGAGAGCCUGGACAGGUAGGACCACCAGGUGAAGACGGACCACCAGGGCCACCAGGGUUGCCAGGCAAUGGUAAACCAGGUGAGGAUGGAGUGCCAGGACAACCGGGGGCUCCGGGUGACAAAGGAGAACAAGGCCUACCAGGGUUACCAGGGAGCCCAGGGCUGCCAGGAAUUGGCAAGCCGGGACUUCCUGGACCAAAAGGUGACAAAGGUCAGGGUGGUCUACCUGGUCCUCUAGGCCCAAAAGGUGACAAAGGUCAUGGAGGGCCACCAGGGGUAGCUGGCCCCCCAGGACCCAUUGGACCUGAAGGUCCGCCUGGCCAAAUUGGGCCACCGGGGAAUGUUGGUGCCCCAGGGCUAAAAGGCGAGGGCGGAGCAGGUGGCCCAAAGGGAGAAGCAGGUCCUGCUGGUGAGCCAGGUCCCCCUGGGCUUCCAGGCAAAUCCGGGCUUCCAGGUGAACUGGGAGAACCUGGUCCACGUGGUCCUUCUGGACCCAUGGGCCCAAAAGGGGAAGGUGGACACAAAGGAUUGCCAGGAUCUCCUGGAGUAAGCGGGUUGCCAGGUCCAAAGGGAGAAGCAGGAAUUCCAGGUGAGCAAGGUGAACAAGGCCCUAAGGGUAUUCCAGGAAUCACAGGUCCUAGUGGACCCAUUGGGCCUCCUGGGUUUCCUGGACUAAAAGGUGAGUCCGGUCUACCUGGCGCACCUGGCCUCCCAGGUGAAGGAGGACCAGGCAUUCAAGGCCCUGAAGGGCCCCCAGGAAAACCUGGCUCCAUUGGGCCUCCUGGUAGUUCUGGUUCACCUGGGCUACCGGGACUCCCAGGCCCACCUGGCCCCCCAGGCCCGCUUCCAGACAUGGGUCAGAUCCUGCCAGAGAUGGGUCCAGAUCUGGACGGCAUCAAGACCCCACCUGGGGGUUUCAUGAAAGGGAAGUACAGCGGGGCAGUAAUGGCAGGUAGCGGCUUGGAGAUGCCGGCGUUCACAGCUCAGCUGACCACCCCGUUUCCACCAGUGGGUAGCCCUGUGGUGUUCGACAAGCUUCUGUACAAUGGCGGCCAGAACUACAACCCCGACACCGGCGUCUUCACCUGCCAUAUCCCUGGGAUUUACUACUUUGCUUACCACAUCCACUGCAAGGGUGCCAACGUGUGGGUGGCACUGUUCAGAAACAAUGAGCCAGUGAUGUACACAUAUGAUGAGUACAAAAAGAGCUUUUUGGACCAGGCAUCUGGGAGUGCCGUUCUGCCCCUAGAGCCUGGGGACACAGUGUACAUCCAACUCCCAUCAGACCAGGCAGCAGGACUUUAUGCAGGCCAAUAUGUACACUCCUCUUUUUCUGGAUACUUAUUGUACCCUAUGUAAUAUAGAAAAGAAACCAUUUCAAAUGUUUAGAUUUUUUCCUUAAAGGAUUUAUUCCUUUUGUACUGUUGAUGUUGACAGUGACAAGUGGACAGUUGAACCAGCUACUGGGUUUCUACCAAUAUACUUGUCAGUGUUGAUGGGCAUAUAAGCAAUUUAUUUUUUAUAUUUCCACAUGCUGGGUACAAGAUAGCUGUAUUUUUCUAUGCAGAAUGAGAAACAAUGAUCAUAAAUAGGAUGUAAAACUACUCAGUGCUACUGUCAUAUAAACUGUGCUACAGAUCAGGUUUUAGAGAAACAAGAAAGAGAAGUUAUUUUAUCUAUUGCAUUUUAUGUCGGUGAUUCUUCCAAAAUCCUGAAAAAAUGAUCAAUAUCUAAAAACGAUAAGACAUUCUUUUUGACCCUUAUUAUAAAUGGAGAUUGGACUACAAAAAUGUUCCUAAGAUCAUAUUGCUCUGUUGUGCAUGUGCACAUGUAUACGUUUUAUGAAACAGGCAGCUGUGUUUUCCUUAAAAAUUAUAUUAUAUGAACGUUUUUAUUAUAAUGCAAUAAUCCAAGUUACUAUUUGGGGGGACAAUUAAUUGAAAAAUGCAUCAAAUCUUUUUUUGUCUGGACCCUAUUCCUGUGUAAUAGACCAAAUUCAAGCACAGGGGGUUUUGGUAAUACAGAGGAGCGAUAAAGCCAUUGAAACUGGUUGUCUAUUUCUGGAUAACCUGUUACAGUCUGAAGAGUGUAUUAUUAUCUUGAAAUGGAUGGGGAUGCACAGUUUUCUGAUUGGGUGAUGAGUUGACAAGCACAGUCUUUUGAGUUUUUUACAAUUAAAAGUGGAGAAAGACAAGCAUAGUAUGAAAACCUGUCAUAAUGCAUUAGUUGCUACAUCAGAUGACAGUGCAUUUCAAAUGUGGCACCUCUAGUCAAGGAAAUAAUUUGGAAAAUUAGAACUGAGACCUUUUCUCUUCAUACAAAUGUAAGCAGACGUCAGCCAUUUUAUCAUAUAUUGUUUCACCCAGAUGUAUAGUAUAGUAAGUAUUGUUCCAUAAUGUGCCUGAAGAGUAUUGCUAGGCGGAGUCUAGUAAAGCAUUAAAUGUGCCUACCAAUGCAUGAAAAAUCAUAUUGACAAAUUAGUCAAUAUGUUGCUUCCAAAAACAUUACGGUCAGGAUUCAACAUGUAAAAGUACAUUUAAGCAGAUGUUACUAGUCAUGCAUAUUUUAGGUAAAUUCCAUCAACUGCCAAACUCAUGAUGUUGUGCAAGGAUUGGGGAAAAAAGUGAUUUAAUUCAUUUGUCAAAAGACCACAUUGGGAUUUAUUCUUAAAUUUGUUUAACAAGCUUGAGCAAGUACAACAUUUUUGCUGAAAUUCCAGAAAAGCACACUACAAUUUUCCUGAAUGUAGGUUAAUGUAUUAGAUGGGUUCACAUUAAAUGGGGAUGAAUGCCUCCUGCCAGCCCUCAGAAAUCAGUAGUCAUCAAGAGUUAACCACAUUAUUAUUUAGCAAAUGCAUUGGACAUACCAAGCAAACCACCAAGUGAGUGCCCAUAAAGAGUGCAGUUGGAAUGGCCACUUAAACAUCUGUUUCCUUAUUGACCUGCUCCAGGUGCACAAUGCAGUCUCUGCAAGUGGCCCACGGAAAGGGAUGGUUAGAGCAGAAAGAGAUUGAGUCAGGUGACAUACACCCACAGUUAAUAAGAGGAUGUGACACUCAGAUAGGGUACAGUUCACCUAGUGUCCAUCCAUCCAUUAUCUAUACCCGCCUAUCCUGGGCAGGGUCAUGGGGGGUGGUGCUGGAGCCUAUC